UUUGUCAACGUUUCUCUGCGUGUGUGUGUCGGUAAAACUGUUCCACACUUCUUUCAUGUUUUGGACAUUUUAAUUUCAAUGCUAAUUUUCAAACAAAAUUCGUUUGGGACAGAAUACGCCUUCCGUGCAGUGGAAAACACCUGUGUGCAGCUGUGCCCGGUUUACGAAUGGGAAUGGCAUGUCGCGCUGGAUAAACACAGAUGCCAGCACCCACACAGUCAUUGAGUAACGGGGAACUAGCGGCUCACUAUCUAUUCAUUCGCUGAAUAGACCGCCGUCGCAGGAGGGUGUAUGCUGGAUGAACUGCAGGGAAUGACUCAGUGAAGAAACAUGCCUGUGUCUGUAGUAGCUCACUGCAUCUAAUUAUCAUUUCACCACCUGUAAAUGAAACUGAUUACUACUGGAAACAUUUGGACCACGAGUGAGCAUGUUAGAAUAGAGGUGAACAUUAUUUUGCAUCCCUUGCACUGUCUUCAGCAAAAACCCAUCCCUUUGUUUUUGUUCGGACUGGUUUUUCAUCUUGGAACUUGAAAUUGGAUUGUUUUCAUGGUUUUCUCCUGAGCUUAAAUAAUGGAAAGAAACCGACUGUGCCCAUCUUUUCUCUUUCCAAAUUAAGAAAAGACAUUCGUAAAAUGCUGAGCUCUGGCAAUGUUGAACGACGGUGUAACACGGAAUAAGUGAGGGAUCGAUCAAAAGGAGAGAUCUUUUAGAAGUUGUAUAUUUCAGGAUUAUCCAUCUUUACACUGUAUCUUGGAUUAAAGAAGCAGCCAGCAUGAAGGUUACUGUUUGUUUUGGAGCCAUCAAAGUGAUAGUCCCAUGUGGGGAAGGAACAUUGAGUGUCGGGGAACUGAUUGAAAAAUCGGUGCAGAGAUACAAGAAAGCAACGGGACGGAGUCCGGACUACUGGGUGCAAGUUCACAGUUUAGCGAGUCAGAGCGAGGGCGGUAUACUGGAUAUUGAUGAUGUUGUCUCGGAUGUAGCUGAUGACCGUGAAAAGUUGACCGCACAUUUCGAGGAGCAAGAUCCGAACCGAGCGCAAGUGGUCAGCAACCACCUCUUGGGGGAUGGCACCAGCACCUGCGCCAGCUCGGUAGGCACCGCCAGCCCCAUCAACUUCUCCGAUAUGAACCACAUCAACAACAGCAACAACAAGAUCCACCACAUGCACCACAGCCACCACCACAACAACCUUCACAUGAACGGCACACUGGAAGAGGACAACGAGAUGGACGUCGUGGUGACUGGGGAGGAGUCAGAUUCUAAAUUGGUGGUGAGGAGAGGGAGUGAUCCUGUUAUAUCGAGUAUGUUAACCAAAUCAGAUGUCAACGGUGAAAACACAGUCAUGGACAAGAAUGCAAAUACUUUACCUGCUAAGACCUCUUCUGGUGACAAGCCACGAUCUCGUCGAGGAAGUCGAGACGAGCUGAACAGUGCCUUUUCCCGUUUUGGCCGUGACUCCGCAGGCUCUGCCCGUCAGUCGCUCUCCAGCGCUCAUCCUAGCAUGAACAAAUGGACCGAUGCACAGCAGAAGGCUGAGAGCAAAGUCGGUUCAGAGAGAGGUCCGGAUGUGAUGAUUGAAGGAGAUGUGGAGGCUGAGACAGACAGUAUUGUGCUGACCAAUGAUGGUACACCGUUAGGUGUUCACAUCAUCAGUAAGAUAGAACAAGAAGAUGGAAGUGCUUUUGGUAUAGUUGUUCACAGUAUUGAGGCUGGUGGCAGAGCUGCACGUGAUGGCCGUCUUUUACCUGGCGACUACAUUGUACAGAUCAACGGUAGUGAUAUCUCACUUCAUUCAUUUAAUAGAGCCCAAGAAAUGCUGAGAGACGCCAUGCGGAACCCCACUGUCAAGCUGACCGUUCAACGCGACAAGUUCUUCAGCUCCGAAUCCCCCGUCGGGCCUACCAACUCCACCACCCCCAGGGAGAACGGCCACCUUGAGAUCACCAUCCCACCAAAGUCACCAGGCGGGAAGGUCCCUCCGGUCAUCCCCGUCCGAUCUCCUACCACCGCCCUGUCGUCUCCAACGGAUAAGAGCCCCAAUGCGAAGCUGAUAGCACCCAUGAGCACCAGGAGGAUCGGGCGCAAGCUUUAUAUUCAGCUUAUGAAAGGUCCUCAAGGGUUAGGUUUCAGCGUGACAUCUCGAGACAACCCAACUGGAGGCAAGAAUCCUAUCUUCAUCAAGAACAUCCUUCCUAAAGGAGCAGCCAUUUCUGAUGGCAGGCUCAAACCUGGCGAUAGGCUCAUGGAGGUGAAUGGUAUUGAGAUGACCGGUAAGAGUCAAAGUGAAGCUGUGUCCAUCCUGAGAAGUGUCAAGCUCGGAGGUGUGGUCAACCUAGUGGUGUCCAGACAAGACUCGCCAGUCAAGAUGGUUCCACGACAGUUGCAGCCUGAAGAUACCGCUACAGUGGAAGAACCGGUCACCUCUCCUCAGAACCGAGCAGUGAUGACCUUCGACAUUCCCUUGAAUGACACUGGGUCAGCGGGGUUAGGGGUCAGCGUCAAAGGCAAGACCAGCGGGGCCACGGAGGAACACAGCAGCAAAGAUCUAGGAAUCUUCAUCAAGUCUGUGAUCCAUGGAGGAGCAGCAUCUAAGGAUGGUCGCUUACGUCCAAAUGACCAACUUCUGUGCAUCAAUGACACCUCGCUGGCCAACAUGUCAAACAGCGAAGCAAUGGAAACCCUCCGUCUGGCAAUGUCACACGAGAAAUCUCCCCGUUCCACGAUCUCCCUGGUGAUCGCCCGACGACUCGACCAGCAGGAUCCCCUGGCCCACACCAACAACCUCAACAAGGGCGCAACCAGUCCUGCAGGAGAUCGCAACGUAGAUAGCGGACUCUUGUCUCCACUCCCUCAGAAGGAUGGCGGCGGCGGCUUCGUGAUGCCGAACAGCCUUUCCGAUGGAGUCCUGAGCUCCCGGACAACGAACGGUGGCGUGCAGCGCGGUAACGAGAUUGUGGUGCAAGCGUCGGUUGAACCGCACCAUGCCACCUCGCCGAGGCACCAGGGGGCUAAGGUCACCUACCCAGGUAGUGAUGGAGAACCUAUCUACAGCCGGUCAAGGAAGUCUUCUGAUGGACAGACGCUGCCGUCAUCAGGAGGAGAGAUGGCUAUGCAGUCUGAUGCUAGUCCUUCUAUGCACUUGUCGAUCCACAGUUCACCUUCAGCCAGGGCACCCUCACCCCCUCAGUGGCUCCUGGACUGGGAGAGUGGUGCUAAAGAUGGGGAGCUGAGUCCCUUACCGGAUCCUGACAACUUUGCUCGAGACAACUAUGCCAGGGCCAGCUUUUCAGAGCGACGUCAAGGAGGCUCACUGGAUGCCAAGCAGAUGGCCUGGUACAAGAAAACAAAAGGCGAAAUACCAAAGAAACAAACAACCACAGUACAAAAAGAUGUUGCUGCGAGUACGAGUAGUCUGCUCCGAGCAAGCUCUAUGGACUCCCUCCUAGACUCUAAACCUAGCACUAGUCAGGUUGAAGAGAGUUCUUCCAAAACCAUGGGGCCUGGGUUGGGUAUGGAGAAAUCCAGCUCCCUGGAGAGCCUCGAGGUGGCCGUUGCCCACGUUCACCAACAGAGGGAGGACUUCCCUGGUCGACCCAGGGCAAAGGUCCGAAGAGGUCGCGUCUGCAACGACAGCUUCCGAGCGGCCGUGGAUAGGUCGUACGGCGAUCAGUCUCCCAAUGGGGACAUGCCUUCAAUGUAUACAGUGAUGGAAGCAGAAGAGAAUGGAGGAUACGGUAUCCCAAGGACCGGUGGUGGAGACGGCAGCAUCCAGUCUGCUGGGAGUAUCAAGAAGAAGAAAGAUAAGAAAGAUGAUAAGAGCAAAGCCAAGAGCUCUGGGACAGGGUUCAAAGGACUCUUUAGAUUUGGGAAGAACCGCAAGUCCAUAGGGUCUGAGAAUGCACUGAAAGGAAAAGAGAAGGAUGGCAGUAAGACCCAGAUGUCUGAAACAGAGAGACUUGAACAGGAAGAGAUAGAGAGGAGGAAGGCGAGACAACAUGCCAAGCAGGAACAUGAAAAGAUCCAAGAAGAGAUUCAGAAGAUGAGAGAAGCCAAAAUCAAGGAAGAAAACCAGGACGCCUUGAGCAAGGCGGACAGGAUGAUGCAACUCAGACAGCAAUAUCAGCAAAGGCACCGUGAUAACCAGGGUCAGUACAUGGAUGAUGGAGAGGAGGAUGAUGAUGAUUAUACCAGAGUAGAUCCUACCAGUCAGCAAGAGACGAUGAGUCAAAGAGAAAGACUAGAGGCUGCAAGAGCGGAGCAGCGGGAAAGAGAUCGCCAGAACAGCAGGGUUCCUGACCGUGACCGGUAUGAACGACUCCCGCCAGAGGCUGAAGAUCGGAGGAAAGAGCGUCGAGAUGAUAUCUACUCAGAUCCCAAGGAUAGGCGCGAUGAAAGGACAUAUAAUAAUAGAUACUCUGAUGAUCCGUACGCCGAUCCUCGCAAUCUGAGGAAUAGUCAAGAUAGAGGGCGCUAUUACGAUGAUAAAUACAGUCGUAGGAAUGACAAAGAUUUAGAAGAGAAUCCGUACGAUAGAUACAAUGGCAAGAAAGAUCAUGGUGCCCAGGAAUCCAGGGAUGGACGCUACGAUAGAAAUCGGGACAAUCGCUCCUCGGACCCGUCGAGGCAGGAACGACGGAGGAGUCUGAAGCGCACGGAUCGCGUUGAGAGUGCGAAGAACAGAUCCGAUGCGCGAGCACAAGGAAAGGAGAAUAUGGAUGUGGAUCGGCAAGAGAAACGGGACAGUGACGAGAAAGAAAGGGACAGGAGGCCGAACGAAAGGCGGGGCGAUUACGGAACUCGCAGCGAUAAAUCAAUAGAGCGUAAGAACCCGAAACGCGAAGAUUACCGCCAGGAUACGAGACGGGAUGACCGGUAUAAGGACAGUCGGUACGACGGGAAACGGGAUGAAAGAAAUACUGAGAGGGAUGGUGAGCGUGAUGAUCGUUACGAUUCGAGGAGGGAUGAUCGGUAUUAUGAACACGAUAGGAGGGUACAAGAGGACAGAAGAGAACGUCCACCUCAACGUGAUGAAAGGCAUGAUAAAUACCCUGAUCAACGGGAUAGAUAUCGUGUUCAGCAAGAUGAUCGGCAUGGAUAUGGCAGUUUAGACAGACCAAACAGGAGACCAAGAGGAAAGGACCCAAACUACUACUCCAUGUCGGAGAACAGCAGACCCGAUGAGGAUUAUGCGAGGACACAGAACUACUCCCGCUACAACAACCACAGCGACCACCAGCAGGGUCCUAGACGCACUUCGUACCCCAACGGACCGGUGUCCAACCAUGCGCCGCAUCCGUCCGGGCAGGGCGGGGAUCGUUACAGGCGAGCCAACUCCACCUCCGAUUACCUGGACUACAAGGACGAGCCUCGGAGGUCAAAGUCCGUCUCGGACCAACUCGCGGAUGAAUACCAAUACGAUUCAAGACGGGCUGGACCGAGGAAAGGUCGACCCAACGACACCGGCGGAACCCGGAUGUACAAUGAUUACGAUGAUGCUGCCCGAGUGUGAUCCUGAUAUCCAUUGAGUGAGUGAACUGUUACACUGCCAUCGUUGAGUUGCCUUAUAUUUUUCCAGAGAGGCGCAUCAGCGUUCUUGCAUCUUCCACCUUCCUUUGAAGACUGAUCAGCCAUUGAUGCCUACAUUUCUUCUUGUGGCAAAGGGGGUCGUUUUCACGCGCAUCUUAGUGACUGCAUGUUGAUAAUCAUUUGAAUGAUAUGGACAUUCUGGUGGUAAUGCAAACACUUUUCCAGUCAACUAAGGAGCUUGAUUGCUCCUGAAUAUAUAAAGUGCUGGUAUUUGAGCAUAUUGUGAAAAUAUGUGAAGUCCUCUUAGAUAUGGUGCAGUUGUAAAACUUUCUAAGUAAAAGCAUUGAAGCCAAUUUUAGAUUAUGUAUCCAAACAUCUCAGUGUUCAAUAUGUAUUCUUUGCAGUACUCAAUGGCAGUACUUGAUACUCUCUAACUGUUAAUGCAAUUCUUUAACUGGAGCUUAUGAAGUACUGCAAAUUUGUUGAUAUGGAGGAGUUCUGAAAUUCGAGUACUAUUUUUUAUCAAGAAUUUAUCUUCAUACUACUGUUAACUUCAGUAACUUUCUUUAUUAGUUGAGAUGAUCAGUUGAUAUUCAUUCCUGAUAUAUAUAAGUUUUAUGUUGUAAAUAAGAAUAAUGAUUCAUCAAGAAUAGGAUCUUAGAUAUAUUGUCUUGGCCAGUUGUUGUCCGUUGCAGAGUGCAUGUGGCUGUAAUGGGAGAAGAGAUUGAGUUAAGUUCAUUUUUUUUCCUGAUGUCUUAUUAGGGUACAUUUCUAAUUACAUGAACACUUUUCAAAUGUCUUUAAUGAAUACAUAUGUGCUUCCCAGUCACCAUACUUAUCACAAACUUGUUCAGAAAUUGAAAUGAAAAAGAGAAGUGCAAAAGACAAUAAUAUUUAUAUCGGGCGUUUCACAAAGAUUACAGUCGCACUUAAAUUGCUGAUGCGUACAAGAUAUGCAAUGCACACAAUCUUAUUGAUCAAUAUGCAGUAGUGCGCAUCCUCUUUGCAUGAUCUGACCAAUGCGGUAGCCUGGCUGAAGACCACACUUCAUUUUUCAUCUGGUACAAUGCCUCACCGCAUUGGUCAGACCACACUUUGGGGAUACUUCUUAUUGGGCAUUCAUCAAUGUGAUCACAAAUUAGCUACAUUGAUCAUUCUGGCACUAAAUGAUUCCAUUAGAAUGUCAGUAAAACCAAAGCCAAUUGUCACCAUAUUAUCGUAGAUCAGGAUCUGGUACAGUUUACAUAAAUCUGUUUGAAAUCAUGAAAUCUAAGCUGAAGAAAUGAUCACACCAAAGAUCUCCAACACGGAUAAGCACAUGUGGGACAAGAUAUUAAAAUUGCUUGUAAAAGCUGGAGGUGCAUGCUUACAUGUAUGUUGCUAUUUUUUCAGCAAUUAUACAAUAUCGAGAAUCCUUUGGGACGUAUCUUUCUUAUUUAUACAUAGAGACACCUGGGCGUUCAUUUGAUUGGAUUCUGUACGAACUCAUUUUGAAAUCAAUACCACAACUGGCAUUUGUGUUUAAGUCAGACUAUACGCUUUCUACCCUCUUUAGCUUAUCUGUACAUGUAAGUGCCAAUAAUAAUAAUUAUUGUUAAAAUAUUGAAUCGUCAGAAUGUAUAUGAAUAUAAAUACAUCAGAUGAACUGUAAAACUCUAACAUAUCUUUUUAAUGAAUGUGUAAAUAGAUAUGUAUUCAGAAUAUGAAUAUGAUGAAAUUUUGUAUUGAAAAAUGUAUUCCUACCCUUUUUUUACUCUUGUUCAAAUUCCUCUUUUUGUACAUAGUCAUAGUAACAUUCCUGUUAACCGCUUUCCAAACCUUUAUACGUAUUCUUGCUAAUGCUUCAAAUUGAAUAUUUGCAUCUUGUUAUGAUAAUUACAUUGUAGUUACGUAUUUUAGUCAAAUUCAUCGUUACAGUCUAUGCAAAGUCACACAUAUUAUAGUAUAGCAGUGUAAAUUCAAUAUGAAUUCCAUAUUUAUGAUAUUGAUUGCGUAUGUUUUGAUAUGGUUUCUCUUCAGCUGGUACGAGUCAGAUUUCAUUUUGUGUUUGUCUUGAUAAUAUUGUCAAAUGAUGCCUAUAUUCUGCAGUAAAAAUUAUUACCAUGACAAGUUGCUGUAAUUCAACAUAAAAGGCACAGGUAUGCAGUUAAUUAUAUUCCAGGGUACUUUUACUGCAGAGAAUAGAAUGAAAUAAUUCAAGCCAAUGAAACAGCACAGGUAUAUGAUAGAUCAUAUUCAAGGUUACUUUUACGGCAGAAAAUAGGACAAAAUACUUCAAUAAACCAAUAACAAAUUGGUU